UUCCGCUGCUCCCGCUCUGGCUCUCCCUUGAACAGCUCCUAGAGAGAACAAGGCGUGCGGAGCUCGGAUCACCAGCAUCAUGCUCCUCGGGCUUGGAUCGUAGAUCCCCCUCUUUGAACACUGAAACAACUCCUUCGUCUUUCAGCGUCCCGAGCAGACCCAGCGAGAAAAUAAGCACGUGAGAGAGAGAGGAAAGAAAGAGGAGGAAGACGAAAAUCUGCAACCAAGGGGACUGAAGCAAAUAAAAAGAGUGCUUUGCUUGCACAGCUGCGAAGUGGGAAUUUAAAGAGCUGCAGAGAGAGAAAUUCCAGCUCAUCAGCACAUACACAUUGCAGAAUUACAGAUCCAGGUAGAAAUGACAUCAACAGGGAAAGAAGGCAGCGGAGCUCAACAUGCACAAUAUGUUGGACCCUAUCGUUUGGAGAAAACCCUAGGAAAAGGACAGACAGGGCUUGUGAAGUUGGGGGUUCACUGUGUCACGUGUCAGAAGGUCGCGAUAAAAAUUGUCAACAGAGAGAAGCUCAGUGAGUCGGUGCUAAUGAAGGUGGAGCGGGAAAUAGCCAUCCUGAAGUUGAUAGAACAUCCCCAUGUUUUAAAGCUGCAUGAUGUUUACGAAAAUAAAAAAUAUUUGUAUUUGGUGCUAGAACAUGUGUCAGGUGGGGAGCUCUUCGACUAUCUCGUAAAAAAGGGAAGAUUGACACCAAAAGAAGCCAGGAAGUUCUUCCGACAAAUCAUCUCUGCUUUAGACUUCUGCCAUAGUCAUUCAAUAUGCCACAGGGACUUAAAACCCGAAAACCUACUGCUGGAUGAAAAGAACAACAUCCGGAUAGCAGACUUCGGGAUGGCAUCGCUGCAGGUUGGGGACAGCUUGUUAGAAACCAGUUGUGGAUCACCACAUUAUGCUUGUCCUGAAGUCAUCCGGGGAGAAAAAUAUGAUGGAAGGAAAGCAGACGUCUGGAGCUGCGGAGUCAUUUUGUUUGCAUUGCUAGUGGGUGCCCUGCCCUUCGAUGACGACAACUUGCGGCAACUGCUGGAGAAGGUGAAGCGUGGAGUGUUCCACAUGCCCCAUUUUAUCCCCCCCGACUGUCAGAACCUUUUGCGGGGGAUGAUUGAAGUGGAUGCCUCGAAACGUCUCACGCUAGAACAUAUUCAGAAACACAUAUGGUAUAUAGGGGGUAAGAAUGAGCCAGAACCAGAGCAACCAAUCCCUCGAAAGGUGCAGAUUCGUUCUCUGCCUUCCUUGGAGGAUAUUGAUCCAGACGUGUUAGAUAGCAUGCACUCGUUAGGCUGCUUCCGUGACCGAAAUAAACUCUUACAGGACUUGUUGUCGGAAGAAGAAAACCAAGAAAAAAUGAUUUAUUUUCUUCUGCUUGACCGGAAGGAGAGGUAUCCUAGUCAUGAAGAUGAGGAUCUUCCCCCUAGAAAUGAAAUAGAUCCCCCCAGGAAGCGCGUGGACUCCCCAAUGCUGAACAGGCACGGGAAGCGGCGGCCGGAGAGGAAGUCCAUGGAGGUUCUCAGCGUGACAGAUGGUGGCUCCCCAGUUCCUGCUCGCAGAGCUAUUGAAAUGGCACAGCAUGGGCAGAGUAAAACAAUGUUCAGUAAAAGCCUGGAUAUCUCUGAAGCCAAUCCCAAAUUCAACAAAGAAGAAAGGUCUCGGUCAAUCAGCGGAGCAUCGUCUGGGCUCUCCACCAGUCCUCUCAGCAGUCCAAGGCCUAUCAGAAAGUUCUUCAUCCCCCCUCAGACCUCCGACCUCCCUUUCUCUCCCCGACCCCAAGUCUCCUUGGACCCUGAUGCUUGUAGGAACGCCUCCAGGCCUGGACAUGUACUCCAACCAAAGCCAGCACUUCAGCCCAACCCAAAGACGCAGACUUUGCCAUCCAAGAGCAAAUUGGCUGAAAAACCACUCCAGUCUACUAAAUCCAACCCACUCCCCGCCAGCAAUACCAGCGCCCCCUCUUCCCAGAACAACCCUGUGCAGAACGCUCAGGGCCGCUCGCCUGCUGCCGGCUUUAACCCACAGCUGGCUGUUCCUAAAGUGCAGACCAACCCUAUGUCUCCUGUUAGAUUGCUCCCUUCUAGUACUGACCCAAGCACCAAAUCUAUCCCCAUCAUACAGGUCACCCCUCACCCCUCUCCAAGGGGAAGUCCCCUCCCUACCCCCAAGGGGACACCUGUUCAUACGCCAAAGGAGAGCCCAGCAGGCACACCCAACCCAACACCACCAUCCAGCCCCAGCAUUGGAGGAAUGCCUUGGAGGACACGGCUCAACUCCAUCAAGAAUAGUUUCCUGGGGUCUCCUCGCUUCCAUCGUCGGAAAUUACAAGUACCUACACCAGAAGAGAUGUCUAAUUUAACCCCAGAAUCAUCCCCAGAGCUUGCCAAAAAAUCCUGGUUCGGUAACUUCAUCAACUUGGAGAAAGAAGAACAGAUUUUUGUGGUCAUUAAGGACAAACCAUUAAGCUCCAUUAAGGCUGAUAUAGUCCACGCUUUCCUCUCGAUCCCAAGUCUCAGUCACAGUGUCAUCUCACAGACAAGUUUCCGUGCUGAAUAUAAGUCCACAGGAGGUCCUGCUGUCUUCCAGAAGCCAGUGAAGUUCCAGGUGGACAUAACAUACACAGAAGGGGGAGAGGCGCAAAAGGAGAACGGGAUCUACUCUGUCACUUUCACACUCUUAUCAGGUCCAAGCCGUCGCUUUAAGAGGGUAGUAGAAACCAUUCAGGCACAGUUGUUAAGCACACAUGACCAGCCUUCAGUGCAGCAGUUAUCAGACACCACUAACUGUAUGGAGUUGAUGACUGGCAGACUUUCCAAAUGUGGCAGCCCAUUGAGUAACUUCUUUGACGUAAUUAAACAACUUUUUUCAGACGAGAAGAACGGGCAGGAAUUAUCCCGAAAAGUUAACAUGUCAGCCACGGCUUCACCUUCUGUGCUCUGCGGACACUUGUUGACGGAAGGCAACCGAUGUAGACUGUCCAAGGACCAGUCCUGUUUGAGGUUCCCAGCCUCCCCUCUCCCUUCUGGAAGUGGGCUUCUCCCCCACUUCUCCCCAGUCACCUCCCCAGUGCACGCCUGGUUUUUUUUCUCCCCUCUCUUUUUCUUUUUUGGUGCUCCACAAGAGAGAUCUGCUCAGUUAUGGGAUUACAGAGUCUGGGCUCAAAGGAGGUUGCAGAUUGUUGGAGUGAAUUAUUUACCCUUGGCAACUUCUGUCCGCGCAGGUGAUCGCAGCCCGGAGAGGGAGGGUGUGGGGAAGGAGACGGGUGUAGCGGGAGCGAGGUGUUCCAUGAAUCCAGAGCACGUUCUCAUCAGAAACCAGCCAGGAGCAACUCAAAACUAAGCGUUGAACCAAGACAAUAUUGGGGAGCUUCAUCACGGGAUUUUUUUAUCUUUUUUUUUUUUUUCUCCCCACCACCUUUUCCUUUUCUUUUGCCCCCUUUUUUUAUAUAUACAUGUAUAUAUGUGUGUAUAUUUAUGUAUAAAUAUACAUACAUACAUACAUAUAUAUAUAUAUAUAUAUACACACACACAAACUAAUAGUUUUUUUUUAUACUGUAUCAUUUUGCUUUUUAACCUGCUGGAAGGGGAAAGGAGUAAACUUAGGAGGGAGAGGGGGUUCAAUGAAUAAACACAUACAAACAAAACAUUAAAACUUAGGGAAAAGGCAACUUCUGGUAGCAAAGAAGAGGGACAAGACUCUGCCAAGGACUGUCUCUCCCAUCACCAGGCACAGUUGCCACUGCUGCUACUGCUGCUCCUCCUUCGACACCUUCCUCCCCACCUGUCAACUCCCUGCCACUGUGCCACCGCGCUGGGACCUUCUUCAACCAGCUGGAUCCUCCACCACACCCUGCAUUUAGAGGCAAUUGUUGUGUUGCUAGUGCUGCAUUGAUAUCAGUAUUAUUAUUUCUUUAAGUUACCAGUUUCAUUUGUUGGCUUGGAUGGUUUUUUUCUUAAAAAAAAAGGAAAAAAGAAAAAAAAAAGAAAAAAAAAGAAGAUGAAGAGGAGGAAGAAAAGAGACUUAUAUUGGGUUUUAUUUCCUCUGUGUGUAUGUGUGUGUGUGUGUGCAAAAUCACUGGCACUUGGUUCAUCAGAGCAAGACAAGGUGGAGUCAGGGCAAUGGGAGACUUAAUCACGAAGCUACUGUAAACUUUAAAAUUUACUGCAAGAUAUUUUUAUAAAGUUUUUGUUUUGGUUUUGUUUUUCUUUUUUUUCCUUUUGAAAGGGAGGAGGGUGGGAUUGGGUGGAUGGGGACCUUUUUUUUGUGUUUCAGUUAUUAGGUCUUGGUUAUUUAUAUAUACAUAUAUAUAUAUUUAAAAAAUAAGCUGUUAGAUAUAUCUUCUGUUUAAUAACUGUGUAGAGGCAACAUUGAUUCUUAUUUAUUUUGCAGAGGAGGGGGAAAAAAGACACAGAAACCUUGUAAGUGUUCAUUUUGUGACUUUGAGAAAGAAGAAUUGCCACCUUUUUUCCUCCUCCUCAAGAGUUAUGUGACCAAGUGUAACUUAUUCUGGCCCAAGCUCAAAGGUUAAACAAACAAAAAAAAUGUGGUUUUACAUGUGGAAGACAAAACACAGUGAGAAGUAUUUCUUGACUGAGAUUUUAAGAAUGUAGGCUUAGCAUUAGUGUUCAGCUCUUUUAUGACCUUCGAUUGCUGCUCGUUGGGUUCCUAUGGGUGUAUGUUGUAUCGCAAGAUUUUUUUUUUUUAAUGAUAAUGUUGGAUGAGUUCUUUUUUGUUGUUGUUGUCGUUGUUGGUUUUUUUAAUCAUUUUUCCCCUUCUUGGACCAGUUUUACUUGUACAUAGGUUUGAAGAUUAAAAAGAAUUUUUAAAGACACAACUGGGGCAAAGACGUUUGACUUCUGCCCUGUUUCCCCAUUCCCCCAAAUGGGAGGGAUUUAUUUUAAUUUUUUUGCUUUAUUUAUUUAUUUAUUUAUUUUCCCUAUUCUUAAACUUUUCUCUCUCGUAUUGCUGUGUGCAUGUCAGACACCAGGGGGUGAUGGCUGGGGAGGGGGGGAGGCAAGGGUGCAGGAGAGGGGGGCAGUUUUAAUUGCAUGACAUUGCUGUAAAUUAGUCUCUUUUGCUUUCGUUGUCUUUCCUGCCUCUGCCCUCUCUCUACUUCUCCUCCGAGCUCCCCUCCCAUCACCCCCGUCCUUCUUUUCCCUCUUUUCUCUUCCCUUGUGUAUAGAUUUUGAUGCUUCUGUUACAUUGUACCUCUACAAAAGGCUGGGAUUUCAAUACAAAAUAAUAAUAAUAAUUUAAAAAUACCUAUAUCAGCAAAACCCAUGUGGUACAAGCAGGAAGGGGAUUACUUACACAAGAUAUAAGAAUAAAUGAAAGCAAUACCUCUUGUUAUCCUUCCUAUUUUGUACUUUGAUGACACACACUCGCGCACACACACAUAUACAGACACAAACUGACAUUAUUUAAUGGUUUGAAAUGGACAAAAAAAAUCUGAUGUAUCCCUUGUUAAAUAACUGUGAGCAACUUUAGUUCAAAAACCAAUAAAUUCAUUCAGUAAAGAUA